UCCCCCGGCCCGCCACCCGCACCCCCCUCCCGGGAGACCCGCCACACACCGAGCGGCACCCGCCCCCGGGCCCUGCGUGCCGGCAGCCAUGGCCGCCCAGGAGAGGCAGGUGCACACAACAGGUGAAGAGCGGAGAGCGGGCAGCGAGGGCCUGGACCCCGGGGGGCCCCCCAACCUCGGCCCCGGGGUCCCCAUCCGAGGGAUCCGCAUGAAGUUCGCGGUGCUGAGCGGACUGCUGGAGGUCGGGGAGGUGAGCACCCGGGACCUGGUAGACACCGUGUUCAACCUGCUUGUUGGUGGACAAUUUGACCUGGAGAUGAAUUUCAUCAUUCAAGAAGGAGAGAGCAUUUUCUGCAUGAUUGAACUGCUGGACAAAUGUGAUGUCACCUGCCAAGCAGAAAUCUGGAGCAUCUUCACUGCCAUCUUGAAGAAAAGUACCCGCAAUUUAUUGGUGUGCACAGACGUUGGCUUGGUGGAGCAAGUACUGAAGAGAAUUGAUAAAGUUGACAGCAUGAUUGCAGAUUUGCUGGUUGACAUGUUGGGUGUUCUGGCCAGCUACAGUAUCACUGUCCGAGAACUCAAAUUAUUUUUUAGCAAACUUCAAGGAGAAAAAGGGCAAUGGCCUCCGCACGCGGGUAAAUUAUUGUCUGUGUUAAAGCACAUGCCUCAUAAGUAUGGCCCUGAUGCCUUCUUCAACUUUCCAGGGAAAAGUGCUGCAGCCAUAGCCUUACCCCCAAUAGCCAAAUGGCCAUAUCAGAAUGGUUUUACAUUUCACACCUGGCUAAGGCUGGAUCCACUAAACAACAUAAACGUGGACACGGCCAAACCUUAUUUGUAUUGUUUCAGAACAAACAAGGGCCUUGGUUACUCUGCUCACUUUGUGGGUGGCUGCUUAAUUGUCACAUCUGUAAAGUCCAAAGGAAAAGGCUUCCAGCACUGUGUGAAAUAUGAUUUCAAGCCUCAGAAGUGGUACAUGGUAUCCAUUGUUCACAUAUACAAUCGGUGGAAGAACAGUGAAUUGCGAUGUUAUGUGAAUGGUGAACUAGCUUCAUAUGGAGAGAUAACCUGGCUCGUAAACACAAGUGAUACGUUUGACAAAUGUUUCCUCGGCUCCUCUGAAACAGCAGAUGCAAACAGAGUGUUUUGUGGGCAAAUGACUGCAGUGUACCUUUUCAGUGAAGCACUCAAUGCUGCACAGAUUUUUGCAAUAUAUCAAUUAGGCCCAGGGUACAAGGGAACCUUUAAAUUCAAGGCAGAAAGUGAUUUAUUCCUUGCUGAACACCACAAAUUGCUGCUGUAUGAUGGCAAACUGUCCAGUUCUAUAUCAUUUGCGUACAACCCAAGAGCUACUGAUGCUCAGCUCUGUCUGGAAUCCUCACCAAAAGAUAAUCCAUCCAUUUUUGUGCACUCUCCACAUGCACUUAUGCUCCAGGAUGUCAAGGCAGUUCUCACACACUCUAUUCAAAGUGCAAUGCAUUCAAUUGGAGGAGUGCAGGUAUUAUUUCCUCUAUUUGCACAGCUGGACUUUAAGCAAUACGGGUCUGACAAUGUAGACACUUCUGUCUGUUCCACACUUUUGGCCUUCAUUUUGGAGUUGCUUAAGAACUCUCUCGCUAUGCAAGAACAGAUGCUUUCUUCAAAGGGCUUCCUUGUUAUAGGGUACAGUCUUGAGAAGUCUUCCAAAGCACAUGUCACGAAAACUGUCUUAGAACUCAGUCUUGCCUUUGCAAAAUACUUGAGUAGCUUACACAAUGGAGUGCCCUUGCUCAAACAGUUGUGUGAUCACAUUUUACUGAACCCAGCAAUAUGGAUUCAUACGCCGGCCAAGGUCCAAUUGGCUUUGUACUCAUAUAUGUCUACAGAGUUCAUCAGUACAGUGAACAUUUACAAUGCAGUGCGGAGAAUCGGGACCGUGCUCUUAGUGGUACAUACGUUGAAAUAUUACUAUUGGACUGUUAAUCCUCAGGAUCGCAGUGGAGUCACCCCAAAAUGCAUGGAUGGACCACGGCCAAAUCAGAAAGAAAUCCUAUCUCUCAGAGCACUUCUACUGAUGUUUAUCAAACAAUUGGUGAUGAAGGAUUAUGGAGUUAAAGAGGACGAAUUGCAGGCAAUUCUUAAUUAUCUGUUGACCAUUCAUGAGGAUGACAAUCUAAUGGAUGUCCUACAGUUACUUGUUGCACUAAUGUCAGAGCACCCAGGGUCCAUGAUCCCAGCUUUUGAUCAAAGAAACGGAUUGAGGGUUGUUUAUAAAUUGCUUGCAUCAAAAAGUGAAGGAAUAAGAGUUCAGGCAUUGAAAGUCUUGGGAUACUUUUUAAAGCACCUUUCACCAAAGAGGAAAUCCGAAGUAAUGCAAGGUCAUGGAUUAUUCUCUCUCCUUGCUGAGAGGCUGAUGCUUCAGACAAACACAAUCACAGUGACCACAUACAAUGUGCUGUUUGAGAUUCUUAUAGAGCAGAUUUGUACCCAAGUGAUACAUAAGCAACAUCCAGACCCAGACUCAUCAGUCAAGAUUCAAAACCCUUUGAUACUCAAAGUCAUUGCAACUCUCCUGCGGAACUCUUCUCAAUGCCCUGAAACGAUGGACGUACGUCGGAUGUUUCUUUCAGAUAUGAUAAAACUUUUCAAUAACAACAGAGAUAACCGAAGGAGCUUGUUGCAAUGCUCCGUAUGGCAGGAGUGGAUGCUGUCCCUGUGCUACUUCAACCCAAAGAACUCAGAGGAACAAAAAAUUACAGAGAUGGUAUACGCCAUCUUUCGAAUUCUUCUUUACCAUGCUGUCAAAUAUGAGUGGGGAGGAUGGAGAGUCUGGGUGGACACCAUCUCGAUAACACAUUCAAAAGUAACUUUUGAAAUGCACAAAGAAAACUUGGCUCGUGCUUUUAGGGAAUAUGAAGACCGAGUUGAAGGAGAAAUUGGGGCUGGACCUUCAAGCCCUCUACGCACAGUGUCUGGGAGCAACAUGUAUGUUGAAGCCAGACCCUUGACCCCACCUGUGGAAGUUAUGGAAGCUGUUAACAGUCCAAACUGUACAAAGGAAAUAGUACAUGAUCUUGACAUGACACAUAUGGAACAAGAUGGGGAACAUUCCCAUUCACUCCCUCCUGAAGAAGAAAGUAAAAUUAAUAUAGAAGCAAUCUCUGAUAUUGAGGUGGCAAUUAAUCAGGAUGUGUGUGAUUCAGAAGAACCAGCUAAGGAGCAAACAUCCAGAUAUGAAGAAAAUGCCAGCCCAUCGAUUGAUGAAAAUGGGACUACUGAAGCUACUGCCACAUCUGUGGUUAGCAGUAAUGAACAUUUAGAGGCCAAAGUUUCAGAUGAAACAGAAGUUAUCUCCAACAUUGAGGAAAGCAAAACAAAUUGUUCCGCAUCUGGAAUGGAUAGUCCAGACUUGGCAGUAGGGCAUGAGCCUCAAAUGUUAUGUGAGCGUUCUGAAGACCAACUAGUAGUAGUUAACCUAACCGAAAAUAAAGAUGAAGAAUUGACACCAACCUUGGAGUCACCCGAAGCUUCCACUCUACAAACUGAUUCACUUUCAACUGAUAUAAUUGAGUCUUCCACACCUGAAUCUGUUACAUCAGAAAGUAAAGAAGAAAACACAGAGUCAAAGAAAAAUGACGAAGCCAUUAGUGCAAAUGGAGAUGAAGCUACAGCUGAUUCUGCCAUUAGUCUGAAUGGCAGUGGUUAUAGAACCACAAGUGUUUCAGACGUCUCCCAAAUCUCAGAGAGAAAAAUAGCGAAACUUGAUGUUUCUAGCAUUGCUUCUGAUACAGAGAACCUGGAAUUAAAAGCGAGCACAAGCCAAGAUGUAGAUCAGCCUCCAGGAAUUGCACCCGAGCCAAAUAGACAACAGGCACAGUCGGAGUUAGAACAAAGCACUUCCUCUGAUGGCCAAAGGAGAGAUUCAAGAUCUACUAUGUUCCGUAUUCCAGAAUUCAAAUGGUCAUUGAUGCAUCAGCGGCUACUAACAGACCUCCUAUUUUCAAUUGAAACAGAUAUACAGAUGUGGCGAAGCCAUUCUACCAAGACUAUCAUGGAUUUUGUGAACAGCAGUGAUAAUGUAAUUUUUGUGCACAACACAAUCCACCUAAUCUCUCAAAUUACUGACAACAUGAUCAUGGCAUGUGGAGGGAUUCUACCAUUGCUUUCUGCAGCAACAUCUGCCACGCAUGAACUGGAGAAUAUUGAACCUACUCAAGGUCUGUCAAUAGAAGCAGCUGUCACAUUCCUGCAAAGAGCAAUUAGCCUGGUGGAUGUUCUCAUUUUUGCCAGUUCUUUGGGCUUUACGGAUAUUGAGGCUGAAAAGAACAUGUCAUCUGGAGGGAUUUUACGUCAGUGUCUUCGAUUAGUCUGUGCUGUAGCAGUAAGAAAUUGCCUGGAGUGUCAGCAACACCUACAAACAAAAUCCACAGGCGAGAACCUGAAAAAUCAGCAAGGGCUGGUGGGAACAUCAAAGUCUGCUGCAAAGAGUCCGAUUGAUAUUGUGACUGGAGGGAUUUCUCCAGUUCGGGACCUUGACAGGCUUCUCCAAGAUAUGGAUAUAAACCGUUUAAGAGCUGUGGUCUUCAGAGACGUGGAAGACAGCAAACAGGCUCAGUUCCUAGCAUUGGCUGUAGUUUACUUCAUUUCAGUGCUGAUGGUAUCCAAAUAUCGAGACAUUCUGGAGCCUCAGAAUGAGCGAAAACCACCUUCAGCCAGCAGGCCUACACAGGAAUCUGAGAAUGGGACUAGUGAUGCUGGAUCUGCAGGUCAGCAAGGUGUUCAGUCUGAGGUUCCAGCCUCCGCUGAAGAUGUUGAUGGCAGUGCAUCUUUAAGAAGAAGAGACUCUGGAAUUGGGGAAGAAUCUGCUUUGGGUACUGUCAGCAGUUCUGAUUCAGUGGCUGAGACAGGCCAGGAUCCUGUCAGUUCAGGCCCAGAUGCCAUCAGUGAGGUUUUAUAUACUCUUUCAUCUGAAGUUCGAAAAUCUACCCUAGAGAGUGGAAGUGAUGGAGUGAGUGAACAGCUUCCUGCAAAAAAUGUAAACGUAAAGGACAUACUCAGAAGUCUUGUGAGCACACCUGAUAAUUUAUCCCACAUAGACCCUGCGGUGCUUCCUCCAUCUUUUCUGGGAACGCUAGGAGAUCCUGCGGCUGAGCAUUCCGUCCAGUUCCGUUCAUUUGACAGGAGUGUUGUCAUAGCACCAAAAAAAUCUGUCUCCCCUUCUCCAGCUAAUGCAAGUACUGUCACAAGUGCAGUCAGCGUGGUUUCAUCAGUGGAUCCAUCCCAACCUGCAGAAGCUGAUGGAGAAUCUUCUGGCAGUGCUUCCUCUAAUUCAAAGCUGCCGUCUGUUCAAACGGUUGCGUCUGUGCCACAGGACUCUGCUUCACACAUGAGCAUUACAGAGCGAUUGGAGCACGCGCUGGAGAAAGCCGCCCCACUCCUGAGGGAGAUAUUUGUGGAUUUUGCCCCAUUUCUGUCUCGCACUCUUUUGGGUAGCCAUGGCCAAGAGUUACUCAUUGAAGGGACAAGCCUGGUUUGCAUGAAAUCCAGCAGCUCGGUAGUGGAAUUGGUCAUGCUUCUCUGUUCUCAGGAAUGGCAAAACUCCAUACAGAAGAAUGCAGGACUGGCUUUCAUUGAACUGGUUAAUGAAGGAAGGUUGCUGAGCCAAACUAUGAAAGAUCACCUGGUGAGAGUAGCCAACGAAGCCGAAUUCAUCCUGAGUAGACAACGGGCAGAGGAAAUACACAGACAUGCAGAAUUCGAGUCCUUAUGUGCCCAGUAUUCAGCAGACAAACGGGAAGAUGAAAAGAUGUGUGAUCAUUUAAUAAGGGCAGCCAAGUACAGAGAUCAUGUGACUGCAACCCAGUUAGUACAAAAGAUUGUUAAUAUUCUCACUGAUAAGCAUGGAGCUUGGGGGAGUUCAGCAGUAAGCCGUCCUCGUGAGUUCUGGCGCCUGGACUACUGGGAAGAUGAUUUGAGGCGCCGAAGACGUUUUGUACGGAACCCCCAAGGUUCGACACAUCCUGAAGCGACACUCAAAGCAGCCAUAGAACACGAUUCAGAUGAAGAUUCUCUUCUUAAAGGAAAACAGUCCAUCAAAACACAGGCUGUAACAGGACAGGGUUCUGAAAAUGAAAGCCUGUUGGAAGGAGAUGAUGACACACUGUCAUCCCUUGAGGAAAAGGACAUGGAUAACCUUACAGGUCCCGUUAGCCUCUGUACUCCUGCUCAGUUAGUGGCUCCCUCAAUAGUGCUGAAUGGGACCCUUUCUGUCACCUCCACUGAACUCUUCUUUGAGGUGGACGAGGACGAUCCUAGCUUUAAGAAAAUCGAUCCAAAGAUUCUUGCCUAUACUGAGGGCUUACAUGGAAAAUGGCUCUUCACAGAGAUACGUGCCAUUUUCUCACGUCGCUAUCUCUUGCAAAACACAGCAUUGGAAAUAUUCAUGGCAAACAGAGUUGCAGUUAUCUUCAACUUCCCAGAUUCAUCAGCUGUGAAAAAGGUUGUUCAUGGUCUUCCCAGAGUUGGAAUUGGCACGAACUUUGGGCUGCCUCAAACUAGGCGCAUCUCUCUGGCUACUCCCCGGCAGAUUUUUAAAGCAUCAAACAUGACACAACGUUGGCAGCACAGAGAAAUUUCAAACUUUGAAUAUUUGAUGUUCCUUAACACUAUUGCUGGACGUUCAUACAAUGACUUGAAUCAGUACCCGGUAUUUCCCUGGGUUAUCACCAAUUAUGAAUCAGAAGAGUUGGAUCUCACACUUCCCAGCAACUUCAGGGAUUUAUCCAAGCCCAUUGGAGCACUGAAUCCUAAGCGAGCAAACUUCUUUUCUGAGCGCUAUGAAACCUGGGAGGAUGACCAGGUUCCCAAGUUUCACUAUGGAACUCACUACUCGACAUCAAGCUUUGUACUCAGCUGGCUGCUAAGACUCGAGCCUUUCACGACAUUUUUCCUGAAUUUGCAAGGUGGUAAAUUUGACCAUGCGGAUAGAACCUUUUCAUCAAUUUCAAGAGCAUGGCGCAAUUCCCAGCGGGACACCUCAGAUAUCAAGGAACUGAUUCCCGAAUUCUACUAUCUUCCUGAAAUGUUUGUGAAUUUCAAUAAUUACAAUCUUGGAGUGAUGGAUGAUGGCACUGUGGUAUCAGAUGUAGAGCUUCCUCCAUGGGCCAAAACCCCAGAAGAGUUUGUUCGAAUAAACCGACUGGCCUUGGAGAGUGAAUUUGUCUCCUGCCAGCUCCACCAGUGGAUUGACCUGAUUUUUGGUUAUAAACAGCAAGGACCAGAGGCCACGAGAGCUCUCAAUGUGUUUUACUACUUAACCUAUGAAGGGACAGUCAAUCUCAAUUCAAUAACUGAUCCAGUCUUACGGGAGGGGGCGGAAUCCCAAAUCCGAAGUUUUGGACAGACCCCUUCACAACUUCUGAUAGAACCACAUCCACCCAGGAGCUCUGCCAUGCAGGUGUAUCUCCUCCUGCAGACUCCACUGAUGUUUACAGACCAAGCUCAACACGAUGUGAUCAUGGUCCUCAAGUUCCCAUCCAACUCUCCAGUCACUCAUGUUGCCGCCAACACACAGCCUGGGCUGGCCAGUUCCGCAGUCAUCACGGUUACUGCUAACAGACUGUUCGCUGUGAAUAAAUGGCACAGUCUCCCUGCCCAUCAAGGUGCUGUGCAGGACCAGCCGUACCAGCUGCCAGUGGAAAUCGAUCCUCUCAUAGCCAGCAACACUGGAAUGCACAGAAGGCAGAUAUCUGACCUCUUAGACCAAAGUAUCCAGGUCAACUCGCAGUGUUUUGUCAUAACAGCCGACAAUCGCUUCAUCCUGGUCUGCGGCUUUUGGGACAAAAGUUUCCGUGUAUAUUCUACAGACACAGGUAAACUGACUCAGGUAGUGUUCGGCCACUGGGAUGUGGUGACAUGCUUGGCCCGUUCAGAGUCGUACAUCGGAGGAGACUGUUAUGUACUUUCUGGGUCACGAGAUGCUACGUUAUUACUGUGGUACUGGAAUGGCAAGAGCAAUGGCAUUGGAGACAAUCCAGGCAAUGAAUUUGCCACUCCUCGGGCAAUUCUGACAGGUCACGACUGUGAAAUUACCUGUUCAACUGUUUGUGCAGAGCUUGGCCUGGUGAUAAGUGGUUCUAAAGAAGGACCAUGCCUGAUACAUUCUAUGAAUGGAGACCUUUUAAGGACUCUGGAUGCUGCAGAGAACUGCUUUCGACCAAAACUUAUCCAGGCUUCAAGAGAGGGCCACUGUGUUGUUUACUACGAAAAGGGCCUUUUCUGUGUAUUCAGUGUGAAUGGAAAACUUCAGGCCACCAUGGAAAUUGAAGAUAAUACACGGGCGAUUCUGCUUAGUCGAGAUGGCCAGUACAUGCUUACAGGCGGGGAUAAUGGAGUUGUCAUGGUCUGGCAGGUGUCUGACUUGAAACAACUUUUUGCAUAUCCAGGUUGUGAUGCUGGAAUCCGUUCUAUGGCAAUGUCUUUUGACCAAAGGUGCAUCAUGACCGGUAUGGCAUCUGGAAGUAUUGUGCUGUUCUACAACGACUUUAACCGUUGGCAUCACGAGUAUCAGACCAGAUACUGAAAGAGGAAUAUAAAUAAAUACUGAUAAAGCACUGCACUGAUUUUGCAAAUGCCUGCUGUAUACAGGCUACUGGUCCUUUAUAAAUAGCUAUAUUACAUUUGAAUGUAAUAUAAAGGAAACUCAAAUCAGCAAACUAUUUUUAGAGUUAUUUGCUAUUUUUGUAGACCUUGCUUUUCCUUUUUUUUGUGGGGAAUGGGGGAGAGCCUCAAGCAGAAGCAAGACGGCUGCUGGGUUCUGUAGUUAAGUAUAUAUAAACAUAAAUAUAUAUUUUUUAGUCCUAAGGGAAAGUCUAUUUUCAUCUGCGUAUGGGGAAAAUAUGCUUCAAAAGGAUGACUAAAUACACUUGUUGCAGGUCUGUCAUAGUGACCAGGGCUAGUUUUCUGUGAUCUUGAUUUUAAAGGAGUAGCUGUAGGUGUUCCUAGGUGCAUUUUAAACUGUUUCUUUUCUUGCAUUUUAUGGUGUAUUGCAGUUUAUUUUUGUUUUUGUUUGUUCCCCCCUCCUUCCCCCCACACACAUUUUCAAAAUGAUUGUACUUCUACAACAACUACACUGAAUUUGUUGACGACUUGUAAUAAUUAUAUUUGAUUGAAUUUCGGAAGAAUCUAUUUCAUCGGAUGCCAUGUUGUGUAGUUAGAGAUGAGUUGGAUAUUGUUUAAGAGAAAAUGAUUAGACAGUGUCAAUGGAGCUGAAGUUACGUUCUCUUUGCUAUACAUGUUAAAAGUAUGGUGAAGCUUGCUAUACAGUUAGUAACCAAGAAGUCAACUUAAACUUUGCAUUAUAUUAUCUUCCAUAGAAUUGUGUCUUGGGCCACAUAAUUGUACAGGGCUUUGAUGUAGAGUCUGCUAUUCCUACCCCUUUAAUUUAGUUAACCAUAGAUGGGAAACAUGCUCUUGUGACUAUUUUGGAUGUUUUCUAUUACUCUCCUUAAUUUCUAACUAUUGACCACCAGAUCAUAUACAUAAAACUGUUCGUAAACCCUACUCUGCGUGAAACUGGACAGACCGCGCAGGCAUAAAGUAAUAAUGUAUACUAAACAACAAGACUUUAUUUUGAUGUUUGCAUAGUUUUACCCUUUUUCUACAAGAUUGAUGUGCAGAAUUCAGUGAAAAUAUUUGUGAAGAAACAAACUGUAUUGUUUUGUAAGUCUGUACUGCCUAAGGACUUGUUUGUAACUCGUGAACCAUGAUAUGAGCCGAUCCAACAUUCCAUAUCUCUCCAGAUUAAGAUAAAUUUAUCUACCUGCUUGAGGAUGCAGCUCACCCUUUUCUACUUAUUAAGUGACAAUCUUUUCAUUAGCUGAAGUGUGGGAUGGAAUAACCGAAUGAAAAAUAAAUAAAUAAAAUGGAAUUUCUAAUUGCAACUAUAAAA